GAGAACAAAGUGAAGGGACGUAAAGCAGAUGCCAUAUUAGCAGCGUACUGGGGAGUAGAGGCGGCACUGAGGCUAGUUAAACCAGGGGAGGAAAACUACACAGUAACUGAAGCUAUUCAGAAAGUAGCGGAGUCAUUCAAAUGUAAGCCAAUAGAGGGCAUGCUGUCCUACCAGAUACAACAUCACAGAAUUGACGGAGACAAGGCCAUCAUCCAGAACCCAAAUGAAGCGCAAAGGAAAGAACAUGAGAAAUGUGAAUUUGAAGUCCAUGAAGUGUAUGCAAUUGAUGUACUAGUGAGCACAGGAGAGGGCAAGGGCCGAGAAAUGGAUGCCAGGACCACUGUGUAUAAGAAAAAAGAUCUCAUAUAUCAGCUGAAGAUGAAGGCAUCAAGACAAUUUUUUAGUGAAGUACAGACAAAAUUUAGCAACAUGCCUUUCACUUUGAGAGCAUUUGAGGAUGAGAAGAAAGCCAAGAUGGGAGUGGUUGAGUGUGUAAAGCAUGGCCUGGUCGAGUCCUACAAUGUCCUCUUUGAUAGGGAAAAUGAAUACGUAGCCCAGUUUAAGUUCACUGUGCUGUUGAUGCCCAACGGGACCUUGAAGAUCACAGGGCUGCCGUUUGACCCAGACGUCUACGAGUCUGAGCAUCAGGUGGAGGACGAGAAGAUUAAGGCUCUUCUCUCCACCUCCGCCAACCGCAAGGCAGCUAAGAAGAAGAAAAAGAAGGCAGAGAAAGCCAUUUCAGAGGGAGCAACUGGUGCUGCUGAUGCAGCACAGGCAGCGGAAUCCUGAACCAAGAACUUCAAAUCAAGUAUCAAGUCAUCAUCACGGGGAAUAAGUGUUUCCCUAUGAUAUGGACGUAUAAUGUUGAUGAAUAUGACAGCUUCAGACUUAGAAGCAGAAUAAACAUUGGAAUUGAGCAGUACACACAGUGUUAAUACAGCAGAGCAAAGGCAGAGAUUGGUUGUAUUGGGAUGUGUUUGACACGCAUACAGAGAACCCUAAGUUGGGGACCAUCAUUUAAGUCAGGGAAAACAAGCAAUUGGCUGUGUCCUCUUUGUAUUUAAGGUGGCAGUGAUACCUGAAUUAGGAACGCAUGUCCUGGUCUUUCAGUAUGAAGUUGGUGAACAGUAUCUAUAUUUAUAUGUAUACAUAUAUCUAGAUAGAUAUAGAUUUGCUAUUUGUAUAGGGUAAGGAUUACCGCAAGUUUUAAUAUUUUCACUUAUGAUAAUUUGCUGCUUCAGAAAAGCAAAAUAAAGGAUGUGGAAUUAGGUUUUAAAUUUUAAUUUUACAUAAUUUUGAAUGUGAGCUUUUUUUUUUUUCCUUGUUAAUUUUAUUUGAGGUUCUUCAGAGAGAAAAAUGGUGAUCUGGAGGGAAAAUGUUAUCCAGAAUGUUUUUUUUUUUUUUAAAUAGAAAAUGAUGAAAAGCAUGACAUUUGUAUUUGUUGAUGCGUUUUUCUAGAAAAUUAAGUUGUUGGAUCUGCAUUGGACAUUUAAUUAUAUGAUUUGCCUAAGCACAGUUUUAUGUUGGUGAUAAUUAUACGAGUGAAUUGUUAAUCAGUUGAUUUUGUUGCCGAUGGCAACCUGAGUAACAUGAGUUAUCUGCUAUUGUCCAUUAGUGUUAAG